GAAGCUCGAGCAAAAGACAGAAACACAAACUGAGUAAGGGGCCAGUUAGUGCGUGGAGGUAAAACUGUGGUUAUAUCGGUUUCCUUGCUGAUUUUAAGAGCUUUAAAAAAUAUAUAUAUAUAUUUCAGGAACCGCUGGGAGUUUCUUCUUCCGGCAACAGAAGAAGUCUAAAACCAGGGAAACGGAAGAAGAUUACCAUCCUCCUCCUCCUCCUCCUCCUGCUGCUGCUGCUGCUGCUUCACUGCAACUACCGCUGACUUUAGUGAUUCACUGUGGGUCAGUAGGUAGCUGUAGCUUCACAUAUAGAUGCUUUCUCACUGUUUAGUCUCUUGUUCAUAGUAACGCCACCACCUCCUCCUCCUCCACCAUCCGUCGUCUCUGAUCCACAGCUCGGCUUAUGAUGGCGUGGCAGUAGCUGCAGCUGCCUCUUUGUUUUGUGUGUGUGUGUGUGUGUCAGGACUAUGCACGGCAAACACGGAUGUGUUACUCCUGUUGUGCUUGUCAAAGGAGGAACAGCAGCAGUGACAGCCGGCUAACAUCACUUCCCUGAGUUGCUGGUUGCUGGUUGUUGCUCACCAUGGAUGAUGAGGUGUUUGAGCAGAUUGUGGCCGUGUUUAACAGCCUGGUGGCAUGGAUAGCUGCUGGUGCCAUGGUGUUUGGUGGUGUUGUACCCUACAUACCCCAAUACAGAGACAUCCGCCGGACCCAGAAUGCAGAGGGCUUCUCCACCUAUGUGUGCCUGGUCCUCUUGGUGGCAAACAUCCUAAGGAUACUCUUCAGAUUUGGCCGCUACUUCGAGACGCUUCUGCUAUGGCAGAGCAUCAUCAUGAUCGCCACCAUGCUCAUCAUGCUGAAUCUGUGCACCAACGUCCGCAUGGCCACUGAACUCAACACCAAAAGACGCUCCUUCAUAGCGACAGACAGUAAGGACGAGGAGAUCAGAAUCCCUAAGAGGCUCUUUCUGGACUUCGACUGGAACCACUUCUGGUCGUGGAGUCACUUCGUGGACUACUUGCAGUGCGUGCUGGCCUUCACGCUGGUGGCGGCCUACAUCACCUACCUCCUCCUGGACUCUGCGUUGUUCGUGGAGACCUUGGGCUUCCUGGCCGUUUUCACAGAAGCAAUGCUGGGCACACCGCAGCUCCAUUGCAAUUAUCAGAAUAAGUCCACAGAGGGCAUGAGUAUCAAGAUGGUGCUGAUGUGGACCAGCGGUGACACCUUCAAAACAGGCUACUUCCUGCUCACCCAGGCUCCUGUGCAGUUCUGGACAUGUGGCCUGCUGCAGGUCUUCGUGGACUUCGCCAUCCUGUUCCAGGUUUACUACUACAGCCGCUACCCGCAGAAACCGGUGUCCCACACCGUCUCCCACACCACCAGUGCCAAAGCCCUCUGAGAAGCCUCUUCAAGCUCUUCGAGGACAUGUCAACACUCAAGAACACCUGUGAGGAAGCACUUUUCGAGGCGCUGUGGACAUGUAUAAACAUACACGAGUACCAAAGCACCUUGAGAUGAUGCAGGCUGCUCACUCCUCACCUCUAAGAAUACAUACACACCCAUAAAUAAGGCAUUAACAUACACAGACAUUUGUGGUGGGGGUGUCUGCAGCGAUACAUGAAGGACACUUGUUACAAACAAACCUUUUCGUUUUAUUUAUCCUACUGACUUCUCCUAAUGCGACGGUAUGCUUGUGUCUUGGAAUGCAGACAUCUCAAAGAAUAUAUCCUUCAGACAACCUGUGCAUGUGGAAAAUAUUAUGCACACACAUGAAUAUAUACAGUUUAUAAACUGCACAUGUAUGCACUGAAAUCUGUGCUUAAGGAAGCGUGGACCAUCUUUGGUCACCCACAUUAGCUGAUGAUUUUUUUGCAUGGACCCUCUGCCUUAAAACACACACAUACAAACAUGGCUUACCAGCAAUAUAAACAUCUGAAUCAAUCAAACAAUCUUGAUAUACAUUAAUGACUGAAUGUACAAAAUGGCAUUUAUUAUUCUGUAGUUUUUUUCCCCCCAACACAGUGGAGAAAUGCUGGUCAGUCUACCACUUGUUGGACAGAUGGUUGCCAUGUGCUGUGCCACAGAGGCUCAGUCUUGUGGGAUGACAGAGGAAUCGAACUGUAACGAGAAACGAGAGGCAAUCAGAAACUUUUACCAAAAGAAGAAACGUUCCAAAGGUUUUGGAGAUGCAAUGCACUGGCUUUUGGUCAUAAACACAAGUGGCAUUGAAGCAAACUGGGUGGAAAUCCGGUUGUGUAAAAGACAUAAGGGCUGUCCUUGAGUCUCAAGCCAAUAUUGCUGGAAGCAAAAGUAUUCAGUUGUUGGAAACAUCAUGAAACGUCGUCAACAUCAUGACCAGCGUUGUUGGCCAACGCCUACAUUUUUGUACUGAAGCUGUUGAGAUUUUGUAUAUAAUUUUGAUCACUGCUAGCUAUCUACAGUGUACAUUAGCUGUCUGCAAAAAAAAAAAAAACACUCCAUUGGUCAAAUUGGCACAAAUAAUCCCAGGCAACAAUUAGCUUUAGUCUGAACACAUCGAGUUGGAAUUGAGUUAGCUAGGUCAACAUGUCCUUUCACGUUCAUUUUGUUUUAUUAUAACCUCAUGCUGCAUUCCGGCAAUGUCGGCUAAAUGGGAAGAACAGAAAUGUCCGGCAUUAUCCGACUUGUGGAGUGUUCAUGCGUUAUUCUAAGUCGCUGCUAGCCCUGCCGUCACACCGUCUUAAUUAGUCUAAAUUAGCUACUUGUGGACUCUAUUAGCUUAAUUGAAUAAGAUGUGGUGGCUUUGCAAUCAAUGUGCCCCAAGCUUAUUGACAUUUCUGUUGUUCUUUUUCGCCUACAGCUAGGAAGCGAGUGUGAAUGUUUGUUUUUUUAUUACUUUGUUGCAAUUACAGUCUCAUUAUACACACCAAGCUAAUUGAUCUGGGAAGGCAGCGACGUUGCCAGAAGGUCAAACAAUCUCAGAUUUUGAUGAGCACAGUGGUUAUUAUUAUUAUUAUUGCCAACAGAAAUUAUAGCACAGCACACAAAGUACAAACUGAUACUUCUGCAUAUGCUCAGCAAAAUCAAAUCUUCACUUCCCAUCGCUGUGGGUAACACUGACGAGCCGGUUUAUUAUUUAGAUCACAAAUCCACUAACAUCCCCUGGUAUCCCCGCUGAUGACUCGACAUCACUGUGCGGUGCUGUUUUGGGCAGGUUUGCUUAUCACCAUUUUGUCACAAGAAAUGAAUUUCCUGUUCAGAUGGAGAAGCAGCCCGCAUAACACAGUGAAGGUUUUCUUAUUGUUGUUGUUUUGUAAUUUUUCUCUGGAGAAGAGGAGAAAUGCCAAACCUAGAGGUGUUCGACUGUCAGCCCUUCAGUGAACUGUGCACCAGAGGAGACCUGAUUCUGUCCACCUCUUCUAAGCCUCAAGAAAUGGAAACUUCCCUUUUGUUCCAGUGGGACAUGGCAGGAGUUUAACAAAAAAAAGAUAUGUACGAAUGUCUCUGGUUUCUUAGUAUCGAAUGUGCACUUUUUGUGCACACACUAGUCGCCCUAUUUAUUUUGCUAUCCUUUUUAUAAUAUCCAAAUGCCACUGUAAGAUUGUGUACGCCUGUUCUGUAUUCGGACGAGUGGUGAGGGUGACAGAUGUAUGGAUAACAUGAUACCUGACAGGUUCUUGCUGUGACCUCGGAGUGUACUUGUGUCUGAUUUAAAUUUUUUACAUUGUGUUUUGUAUCAUUUGUUUCAUUCGCUUUAUCACGUGAACGUGUUUUACCAUAAAAACGGCCAACUUUU